CCUCUGGGUUGGUCGCCUCUCCCUCCAUCCUUCCCUUCCCAGCGGGGGUGGCGGCAAUUCCUCCUCCUCUGCCGCCCCUGGGGCAGCUGCGCGCUUCUCCGCAGCCGCUCUGCCCCGCUCAGGGGUGCUCAAUCCGGCGCCCCCCUCCCCGCGCCUCGCCUCGGCGGGCUCCCGCUGGCCAGCCCCAGCCGUGACACUGCGGGCUCCCGGCGGGCCGGCCGGGCACGUCCCGCUCUACGCCUGCGGGGGCCGCUGGCGGGCGCGGGCUAAGCCGCUGUCUGGCUGCUGCCUGCGACAGGCGGGAGGGGAGGGAAAGGUGCUGAGUGAGCGGCUCGCCGGCCGGAGCACUGCAGAGCCGCACCGCGGAGGCGGGGGAACGGGGCCGGCACCUUCCCCCUUUGCAGCGCCGCCUCCUCGCUCCCCGCAGCUCCGCACUCCCGCCGCCCGUCUCCCCCGCCCCAUGGAGCAGGGACCCGGGGGGGCAGCCGCGGGGGCAGCGGGGCUGCUCCUGCCCCUCAGCGACACGGAGCAGCAGCGCUACUCCGAGCUCUACUCGCUCUGCUGCUCGCCCGCGCCCGAGGGGGGCUCGGCGCCAGCCCCAGCCGCCGGGGGGAGCAAAGUGGGCGACUUGUUCAGGGCAUCGCAGCUCCCUGCGGACACGCUGCACCAGAUCACAGAACUUUGUGGGGCAAAACGUGUGGGUUAUUUUGGUCCGGCUCAAUUUUAUGUUGCUUUGAAACUAAUUGCUGCAGCGCAGUCUGGCCUUCCAGUACGGAUAGAGAGCAUUAAGAGUGAAUUGCCUCUUCCUCGGUUUAUGGCACUCAAAAAUGACAUUGAAAUGAGAUAUGGAAAUGCAGCAGAAAUACAUGGAGUUAAAUUUCAGAUUCCACAUCCAACCUUGGAAAAAAAUUCCUUCAAAAGAUCAGAUGAAGGGGAUAAAAAGCAGGAAACCAAGUCUCCUCCCAUGUCACCGAUGUGUUCACCUCCUGCUUCUCCAUCUAAUUACCAGAGAAUACCCUUGAGUUAUGGCUAUGGCAAGUCAAGGAGUAGGCUUGAACAGCCACAUGGAGUUUCUUAUGAAGCUAGACAUUCUACACACCAACAAGAUGGACCAGCAACGGGAAAUUAUGGAUCCAAAUCUGCACUUGUACAUUCCUCUCUUAGUCGGUUUCUUUCAGUAGAAAGUGAGCCACAGGACAGCAGUAAUUACCCAGAUGACCCCUGGAGGAUAACUGAGGAACAGCGAGAAUAUUACAUCAACCAGUUCAAAUCCCUACAGCCUGAUCUGAACUCUCUCAUUUCAGGUUCCGUGGCUAAGAAUUUCUUCACAAAAUCCAAGCUUCCCAUCCCAGAACUUUCUCACAUAUGGGAGCUGAGCGAUGUAGACUGUGAUGGAGCGCUGACACUGCCAGAAUUCUGUGCUGCAUUUCACCUCAUUGUUGCUAGGAAGAAUGGUUAUCCAUUGCCAGAUACGCUGCCGGAGACCUUACUGCCAGAUUACCUUCAACCAGCUUCCCUUAAGCCUAAACGUGACUGCGCAUUAUUGGAUUCUUAUUCUGAGUCAUUGCCAGGCAGUCAACAGACCAGGGACUUUAAUCGAACUGAGCUUGAAACUGUCUGUGAAGAUCCAACCAACUCAGAGCCGUUGAUUCUCUUUGAUGUGGCGACCUCCAUUGUUGAGCCAACAUCGGUUGAGGAGAUGCCUGAUAAAUCUGCCCUGACACAAGAUGCAAAUAGUGAUGACAAUCAAGCUCUGAACAUAAGCACUACUGCCAAAACAAUACCAAAGGAUUUUAAACCAUCUCAACACUUGUCUGUCAAAACAGUUGUUCAGGAAUCGAACACACUCAAGGCAAGACCAAGAUCCAGGUCCUAUUCCAGCACAUCUAUUGAAGAUGCAAUGAAAAAGGGGGAAGAGCCCCCUAUGCCCCCACCAAGGCCGCAGAAAUCACAUUCCAGAGCCUCCUCCUUGGACCUAAAUAAAAUCUUCCAGCCAAACACACAAGCUGUGAAGUCAGGUUGGUUACCACCACCACCUGCCCUGCCCCCUAGGCCUUUUGUAUCACAGGGUCCUCACCAUGUCACAAAUACCGAGCCUGUUGCCCAGGCCAAAUCCAGCUAUGCAGAGUUCAGACUAAAGGAACAGGAAAGUUGCUAGAUUUCAUAGUUGUGAAGAAAAUUUUGAAAUUGUAUGGGCUAUGCCCCCCAAAUGUAGCCGAUGCAGAGAUGUUUGCCUGAAUCUGCAGACAGCUUGAAACGACAGCUUUGAGUGAUGUGCACUGUCCCAUGCAUCCAAAUGGCUUGCGGCUCUGGGUGCCCCCGACAAGGCCAACCCAGCAGAGGACUCUGCAUGUAGCGGAAGAAGAAUGCAGCAGGCCUUGCCCACCAACCAAAGCAGAUAUACCCUGGUUAUUGGGGUAAAUAUUAGUGGUGGUGUGGUGUAGGGGGCUGCUGCCACUCCUGUCUCUUAGGAGGCAGAGGGGGCCCAUCUUGCUGCUUCUCUUGUGUAGAAAGGAUCAUCAUACCGCUGUCGCUGCCUGGGAGGGGAAGGAGGGUUCUGUUAUCACUUCAACUAGGGAAAGGUGUGGCUGGGCACAGAGCCUUGGGGGCAGAGCUCUGGAAGUGUUUGCCAGAGCUGUCGUUAGAGCACUGCAUUGCCUUAAACCGACCUUGUUCCUCAGCUUCUCUCUUGGGCCUAAAGGAGUUGGAGAUGUUGUCUUCGGGUGAGCUAAUAAUGAGGGAAAUGGCAGCUGGGUUUGUUCCCCAGAACUAAGUCACUCGUAGCCCUGUAGAUAAAUUUGUGGGUGUGCAUGCAUCCUUGUAAUCUAUCUAUAGAACUUGAGGAAGUGGUUGAUUUAACCAUGCAUUUACUUCUUCUUGACUUUCCCUGAGGAACUACUGUAACCCACGUCCUUUGUGAUCUUAUCUGUUGUCAGAGUCUGCACUGAGUCCAAUCCUCAUCUGUACCAGUUUACACAAUGGACCCGUUUCAAUAUAAUUUUCACCAACAUUUUUCCUAAUGCUCUGAAAUAAAUCUCAGUGUUCCUGUGGUAACUGCAAUAAAUAAAUUUGCCUUUCAUCAGUGCUUAGAUACUGUAGUGUAGAGAGGUAUCUAAACUAUUGUUUAUGGUCUCUUAAUCCAGUUUACAAUCCACAUCUCUGUUUUCCUCUGUAAGACAAUUUGAAUUAAUUUUUCCUGUAAGAUUUUGUGAGACACAGUAUCAAAUGC